CAGUAUGACACUCUUAGCCAGACACUGCCAGCUUGCUGCCUCGUCCAUUUAUCCUCCUGCUGAGCUCUGAAGACCCAGCACCAAAAUGUCAAAAGCAGCUAAAAACACUGAUGAUAUCCGAACUUUAGCUGAGAAAGUAUUUGCAACAGAAGUUCUUAACGUCGAUUCCAAGGAAGACAUAUGUCCUUUUGAUGUGAUAGACAAUUGCCCCAUUGCACAUCAUGAGCUGGCAGAUUAUAUGGCUAAGCAGGAUACCAAAGAGGCUCAAGAGAAAAGGAGGAGGCGUUUACAGCUGCUAAGGACGGUGAUUGGCAAAGUUCCAGAUGAAGGACCAAGGCCUAUUGCUGUGACAGCACCUGAAGAUUCAUCCCCACUGUUUAAAACUGUGCCAGAUUUCCAGAGAGUAAAAAUCACAGGAGACUUUGCAUCUGGGGUGACUGUGGAUGACUUUGAGCAAGCUGGAAAAGGUCUGUUUCGGGCCCUGACUAUACGAGAAAAGAACAUGAGAGCCUCCCAACAGCGAUUCCCAAGAACAGUAUCCCAAUACCUCCGAGAUAUUGAAGGGGCAUCCUGGAAGGAGCAAGAUGAGAUCCACCCAGUCUUUACUGAUCGAAUUAAAAAAGGUGAGGAUCCUUUCAGGAUGGAUAACCUACCCGCUGAUCUUGGAUAUAAAUUUAAGGUCAAUGAUGGCGUAGUUUUCGUCUACCCAGAUGAUGAUGCUCUGGCAAAAGGCAGACCAAAGGAUCUUAACUACCCAGAUGUCCAUGCCUUUGUAAACGAUAUGAACUUCUUAAUAACACUUAUUGCUCUUGGACCUAUUAAGACAUAUACUCAUCGGCGCCUGAAGUUCCUGUCAUCUAAAUUUAAGGUCCAUGAAAUGCUGAAUGAGCUAGAAGAAUUGAAAGAGUUGAAAAACAACCCUCAUCGAGAUUUUUACAACUGCAGAAAGGUUGACACUCAUAUACAUGCCGCAGCCUGCAUGAACCAAAAGCACCUUCUCCGCUUCAUCAAGAAAUCAUACAGAGUGGAUUCAAAUCGGGUGGUAUAUAAUUCUAAAGGCAAACAGUUGACCUUAAAACAAGUAUUUGAAAACCUGAAACUUCACCCUUAUGACCUGACAGUAGAUUCCCUAGAUGUCCAUGCAGGAAGGCAAACAUUUCAACGCUUUGACAAGUUUAAUGCUAAAUACAACCCAGUUGGUGCCAGCGAAUUGCGAGACCUGUACCUGAAAACUGAAAACCUUAUUGAUGGUGAAUAUUUUGCCACUAUCAUUAAGGAAGUGGGAUCAGACUUGGAAGAUGCUAAGUACCAGUAUGCUGAGCCUCGCUUGUCAAUCUAUGGGCGUUCUCCUGAAGAAUGGACUAAACUGGCUUAUUGGUUUAACAAGCACAGGGUUUACAGCCCCAACAUGAAAUUCAUGAUCCAAGUUCCAAGAAUAUACGAUAUUUUCAGAGCUCAGAAGUUUGUACCUAAUUUUGGAAAAAUGUUGGAAAAUAUCUUCAUGCCGGUGUUUGAAGCCACAGUCAACCCAAAUGCUAACAAAGAGCUCAGCGUGUUACUCAGACAUAUAACUGGCUUUGACAGUGUGGAUGAUGAGUCUAAACACAGUGGUCACAUGUUUUCAUCAAAGAGUCCACUUCCCCAGGAAUGGACCAUUGAGAAGAACCCAUCGUAUACUUAUUAUAUCUACUACAUGUAUGCCAACAUCAGAGUGCUGAACAACCUGAGGAGGGAGAGAGGAAUGAACACUUUCCUAUUCCGCCCUCACUGCGGAGAGGCUGGCGCUAUCACUCAUCUACUUGCAGCAUUCAUGACAGCAGACAAUAUCUCUCAUGGAUUGAACUUGAAAAAGAGUCCUGUGCUGCAAUACCUGUACCUUUUGGCGAAAAUCCCCAUUGCCAUGUCACCCCUGAGUAAUAACAGUCUGUUUCUGGAAUAUGCUAAGAACCCCUUGCCGGAUUUCCAUGAAAAAGGCCUGGUAAUAUCUUUGUCUACAGAUGAUCCUAUGCAGUUCCAUUACACCAAGGAGCCUCUCAUGGAAGAAUAUGCCAUUGCCGCCCAAGUUUUCAAGCUCAGCACCUGUGACAUGUGUGAGAUUGCAAGGAACAGUGUUCUGCAGUGUGGAUUGUCCAAAGAGGAGAAGCAGCAUUGUCUUGGGGAAGAGUAUCACAUGGAAGGGCCACAAGGCAAUGAUAUCCGCAAGACUAAUGUGGCCCAGAUAAGGAUGGCUUACAGAUAUGAGACCUGGUGUUAUGAGCUCCAUCUGAUCCUACAGGCUUUGAAAACAGCCGAGUAAAGAAUACUACAGGCAGUCUACACAAGUUUUAACCUCAUGGGCCAUCACUGAAGAAACUUCAAGCAAGUUUGAAUCCCCCUGUAGGUGCCAUGUUAAAAUCCUACACAGAAUUUAUAUACAACAAAAGUGUUCAUCCUAACAUUAUUGCUGUUAAAAUGCUUUUUAGCAGAUAUGCUCAUUUAGUUGUUUACCUCAUGUAUAUCUUCUCCAUGCUUUUUUUUGGGGCCUCUCCGGCCCAUUUUCACCAUGUAAACAAAUCUCUCUGUUUGAAGAAUUUCCUGUUGCUGUAUCCAACCUCUCGUUUGUCUGCUACAGCUCUGGCACUGCCCCUAAAAACACCCAACUGCCCC